AAGAAUGGCAUUGUGGGUAAAUAUCUUGGAAGCGUGCACGAUCAAGGAAAAAAUCGAAAGAAGGCGUCACAUUGAAAUUAUGAUGGUCAUUUAGGGAGGAAAAUAGUAGAACAUUUAUUUUUUAAGCAGAUCUGUUGUUUAAGAAUGGAAAAUAUAGGUGAACAAAGUGUUGAUGUCAAUAUUUCAUCAGGGAAACCCCAAGAGAUCAACAAUGCAGCAGAUGGCAUAUUGGAAGAAAUUCCUGUGACCUCAACUAAUGGCUUUCCCGAUAUGAACAGUCAAAUAACAGCAGUGCAAGACACAACUGAAACAGGGGAUCUAGGAGCUGUAACCCUGAUCCCGGAGACACAAGUGACAUCACUUCCAGAUACGCAGGUCAUGACACAAGACCUAGAACAAUUUAUGCAGCAAACACAAGAGUCAAUGUUAAUGUCCACCAUAGAGCAGAAUGUAGUUGAAGAAAAAACAGAAGAGAACCCAAAUGCCCAAGAGCCAGAUUCUGCUGUGGAACCAGAAAGUGCACCAGCUGAUGACAUUGAAGAACUUGUUAGUACAAAUGUCCUUAUACAGGUUACUACUGAGGGUGUAGUUGUUCAAACAUCUGAAGGUGAAAAAGAGGUAACUGAAGAAGUUGAACAGAAAGAAGAAGUUAAACAAGAUGACGAAGUUGCACCAGAGAAAUCUGAGGAAGUUAUAUCUGAAUCAGAGGCUCAAAAAACUGUAGAGGACUUUGUACAAGAAACCACUGACAAAAAUAUGACUGAACCAGAAACUCAAGGUACUUUAGAGGAGUAUAUCUUGGGACAAGAUACUGGUGAUGAAAGUGAAGCAGUGACAGCAGAAACUGAAGAAGAGCAACAGGAAAUGAAUACUGAAAGUGAGAACACAGGUGAAGAAGACAUCCCAGAAGGAAAUGGUGUUGGAGAAGUUGAGUCCCCUGAGGGAGAUGGUGUAGACAUUGAUGAUGACCAGAUGGAGGAGGCAGUGGAUGAAGAGUUAGAGGCAGAAGAAGAAGAGGAGGAGGAAACUGCACAGACAUCAGGAACAGCUGAGGAAGCAAUGGAAGAGGAGCAGGGGGAGGAGGAGGAGGAGAAGGAAGAUGAUGAACCGGAACAGAGUAAUCAAAAGAACAUCAAAUCAGCAGUGAAAACUUACCCAAAACGGAGAGGAAAGGCAGAUGAAAAUGACGAAGAAGAAGAACCAAGCCCAGAGGAAAUGACAAAGGAAACAGAGCCAGUAGGCAAAGGACGGGGUAGAAAAUCUGCAGCUAAAGAAUCUGAUAUAGAUAGUUCUAUAUCAGAAACACCAGAACCUAAGACAAGAGGGCGUGGUAGGCCACCAAAGGGAGGCAAACCUACUCCUAGUCCAGCAGUAAGUGAUUCUGAACCUAAGAAGAGGGGUCGUCGAUCAUCUUUAAAAGAAACAGCUGCAGAAGAAAGCAUAGAGAAAGUAACACCAUCUAAGGGUAGAGGAAGACCUAAGAAAAAUGAGGCAGAGGAGGAAGGAACACCAGAAGUAAAGUCUGCAAAGCGUGGUAGAGGAAGACCCAAGAAACAAGUUCAGGAAGAAGAGGAGGAAGGAGAGGAGGAGGAAGAAGAAAUGAAGGAAGAGGAAGAAGAGGUUGAAGAAGAAGAGGAAGAACCAGUUAAAAAAGGCAGAGGAAGACCUGCUAAAAAAGGGAGAGGACGUCCAAAAAAACAAGCAAAAGAGACUGUGGAAGAUGAGGAAGAGGAGGGGGAGGAAGAAGUAGAACCAGAGGAGCCAAAAUCUGCAAAGCGAGGAAGGGGUAGACCCAAAAAGCAAGCUGAGAGUGAAGUAGAGACUACUCCAAGAAUAACAAGAAAAACAAUUAAAGAGGAACCAUCAACUCCUAGCAGUGAAACUAAGAAGAGAGGAAAGGGUAAAAAGAAUCAGAGUACAGAAAAAGAUGAAGAUUUGGAAAUGGAAGUGGAUGAUGUUCCUAUUGAACUUAGUGAAAAUGAGGAAGAAGAGGAAGAAAAUGUUGAAAUCAAGAAAAAGCGUGGCAGACCAUCAAAAUCUGGAGAAAAGACCCCAAAAGGGAGAGGAAGACCAAAAAAAGGGGAUUCUGAGGAAAAAAUUCCUAAAAGAACUCCUACUGCAACAGCUACAUUAUCAAAGAAACGUAGCAGAGGAGAUGAGGACACUGAAUCUCAAGACUCUACAACUGAUGAUGCGCCCACCCCUGCAAAAAAACAAAGGGGGCAGACAAAUGAUGCUGCCACAUCUGAUGCUUCCACUGGACCCAGUGUUGGUACAAUAAAGUAUGAACAAUCUGAAGCAGGACCAUCAUCCAAAGGUCAUACUUUGUUGAAGGAACCUGCACAAGGUUCAAUGCAUACAGGAGACGUCUAUGACUUUGAUCAAAUAGACAUUGACAAUAUCAUGACAGCUCAGCCUGGAACUUCAAAAGAUGUGUCCCAAGGCACACAAACCAAUUUUGUGGAAGUAGAAUUGAUUGAGGAAUCUCCAGGAAAACGAUCUGUCUUGACACAGACAGAUCCUAGAUUGAAGAAAAAGAAGUUUGGUCCCAUUGGACAAGACAUGGAGACAAGUAUGGAGGAUGAUUUUGACUCCCCAAAGAAGAAGAGGGGUAAAAGGGAAGAAGAUGUAGGAUUGUUUGAGGAGAUGGAGAACAAGAGGAGAGGUAUUAGAAAUACAGAGGAAGCUUUGAAUUGCCCUUUUUGUGACAAAGCUUUCAUUGGAUUGGUAAAACAUAUAAAAGGGAAGCACAAAGAUGAAACUGAUUAUGAGGAGGAGAUGAGGAAUGCCAAGUGGAGAGAGAAGAUUAUGAGGGUUUCAGUACAGGGCAAUGUAGAAGAAGGGGAACAAUGCCCAGAAUGUGGAAAAGUAGCCAAGAAUAUCAAGAGGCACAUGGAGCUCCAUCAGCAAAACAGAAUGCAAAUUCCUUGUCCAAUCUGUGGAAAGGUGGUGCUAAAAACAGGAAUGAGUUCCCACAUGAGAACAGUGCAUUCUGGACGCAAACCUUACAAAUGCCCUCACUGUGAUUAUGCCUCUGCAUUCAGAGGUAAUCUGAAUACGCACAUGAAGGGAAUGCAUCUGCAUACUAGGCAAUAUCUCUGCAAUACAUGUAAAGCUGCUUUCAAGACACUUGGAGCCCUGAUUGGCCAUACGAAGAGAGUUCAUGAAGGAUGGAAAUCACCCAAUCAGAAGAUUUUUAUCUGCUCUGUAUGCGAGAAGCGAUUCACCAAGAAAUACCAUGUGGAUCGUCACAUGCUGAUCCAUACAGGAGAAAAGCCACACAAAUGUGGAGACUGUGGAAGAUGCUUCAAUAACAAAUCAAAUCUUAUGUCCCAUAUUCAGUUGGUCCACAAGAAACUGUCACCUUACCAGUGUGACAUGUGCCACGAAACAUUUAAAAGAAAGAAAAUGCUUCUGGAGCACAUAGGCCGUAUUCAUGUCACUGCAGGUGAGGCAGCACAAGCUAUCAUCAGGAAGUUUGAACUAACUGAAGAAGUAGAGGAGGAUGAAAUGAUGCCUGAUGAUGAAUCUGAUGAAGAUGAACAAGGAGCUGAGGGACAAAUGGAAGAUGGACAGACCUAUGUGACAGUGGCUGGAGCAGAAGGAGACUACCAUACAGCUGUUGUCAGUGACCCGACUCAGAUCCUCUCGGGACAAGCAUUGACCACUCUGCAGAGUGAUUCAGGACAGGAGACCAUCAUCAUAGUACAGAGUGCAGAUGGGAGUGAGAAUGCCACCCAUGCUAUUGUUGACCAGGAUGGAACUGUCCAGUACAUCAUGCAGCAGCCAGAUCAAGCACAAUCAGCUGGAGCAGAUCCGGUGUAUUCCGAGAUCCAGCAGUAGGCUACAAAGAUUAACUGCUUGGUGAAAGCUUCUACAUUAGUAUCAUCUGGAGAAAAUUGACUCUCUUAACUACUUAUGCAUUGUAGAAUUUUAUUAGGAAAUGUUAGGAAUGAGGUUUUUGAAGAAAGUGAACAUUGGUCUUGUAAUUAAAGUUCUGAAUUUUGUGCAUCUGGAUUAUGUAAUGAGAAGGAUGUUUGGUCAAUUUUAUGAAAGGAAGGAAUUUUUUGAUGUAUCUGUCACUUUGAGAUAAAAAAAAAAAUGUGCAUAAUACCGUGAUUGAUGUUGUACAACCAUUACUAUGUAGUGUUACAAUACUGAGUCUCAUAAUAUUAUGAUCAUGUCCAAAAUUUGUUAGUGUUUUUGUUUUGCAUGAAUUAACAUGAUGAAUAUCAUGAUUGUUACAGUAAGCAUGCUCUGUUAGACUGUAUACAAUUGUACUGCAGUACUUGCUGUGUUAUGCUGUUCAAUAAGCAUGCUUGGAUGACACAUUUUUAUAGUAGCUAUCGUAGCUGUGAUCUGCAACAUAUGUCCAUGUGCUUUAUAUACUCUUUAUAAAAAUGUGUGGUUCCUAAUUAACUUCAUUUAUUCACAGUGGCUUGACAUGAUCCUAGUGUAAGUAGAUGCAUUAUGUAUGGUCACUGUUGUUUUCAUUGCAUACACUUGUUUUAUUUGCCAUCACCAUCCUUGUGUUGUUUGUAGGCUUGUAGUUCAGUGAUAUGGAUCUGGUCCUUGCCCUUCUAGAGAAUUGAUUCUGAAGCUGCAUUAAAUUAGCUUUGUUUCAUUGUUAUGUUCAUGUACUGUAGAUUGAUCUUACAAAUGUACAGUAUCAGUGGUAGAAAGUUACACGUAUCUUGCUUUGAAUGUGCUAAAAUUUCACGUAACAGACAUUCCUUUUGUUGGUGAUUUUUUUUCAUUUCAUUGUAUGAAGAGAUGAAAGCUCUAAGAGUAUCAGAAAUUAAUAGUGACACUCCUUUAAUAAGGUGGAAUGCAUACACAUGUACCUAUUGUAAUUGUAAAAAUAAUUACAUUUUUUAAAAAAGAAAAACUU